AAACAAACGCGCUGUCCGGUGCCGCAUCGCCGCCGCGGUCUUCGAGUAGCGCGUGGACAUCGCGACAUCGUCACUCGAUCAGUCUACAGGACAUACCGGCGACGUUAAGACGCUAGGACAGUAAGACACCGUCACCCCAGCCGGACCUCCGAGCCCACGACAUCAGACUUCGAUUAUUCUUGUCACAACGACAACACUAUCAGCUGCAAUAAUAUACUUACAGUCAUGGAAAUGAAUUUUGGUACGCUGUUGGACUUGGACCGCGGUCAACACCAAGACUUGGAGUCCACCUCCGCCGCCGUCGCCGCCGCCGCGUCGUCCGUCACCGUGAUCGUGUCGAGCAACAACAGCAGCAGCCGCAGUACUCCGUCAAGCUUUCCGCCGGUCGCCGACUACCGCCAUCAGCACCGCCGCCUGCAGCACGUUCAGCCCGGCGCCGGCGACGUCCGCCACCUACACGACCGCGACGACCGCCUAGACGGCGUGGACAUGCACGCGACCCAAUUAUCCUCGUCGGCCGUCAACGGAUACGACACCAUGAUGAUCGCGAGUUACAACAACUACUGCAGCAGCGCCGCCGCGUACGACCCGUACAACGGCUACACGCAAACGUUCGCCUCGCUGCCGCCGUACGACGACAUACGAAACUCGACUCCACUGUUGCCACUUCUGCACCCGCAGCAGCACAUGCCGCAACAACACGGUCCGAUGUUGCACGCCAGCGAUGAGAUGCAGACCGCCGUGGUAAGCGUGCAGCGCAAGCGGGAGAAGCAGAAGCGCCAGCGGACCGCUUACUCGAGCGAGCAACUGAUGCACCUCGAGGAGUCGUUCACGGCCAAUCAGUACUUGAACAGGGCCAGACGCAUCGAUCUGGCUCGGACGCUGCGGCUCACGGAAAGACAGAUCAAGAUUUGGUUUCAAAACAGGCGCAUGAAGGAGAAGAAAUCCAAGAGGGAUUCCGGCCAAGUGGAAUCUACCAGCGGUGCCGUGACGGCCAUGACGCCGGCGGCCUUGGCUGCUAUCAGCGGUCCGCCACCCCCGCCGGUGGUGCCGGCAACCGUGGCGGGCUGCGGUGGCUACGGAGCCGGUCACUACGCGGACAACGGCUGCUCGCCGCCGACCGCAAACAUGGCGAUGAAGUACAGUCCGUCGAGCACGUACUCGACACCGUCGCCGCCCAACGAACAGGUCCACCACCACCGCCAUCAGCUGGCCGAACACCAGCGUCCGGGACCGUCGGCCACGAUGCACCACUUCUCGUCGUACGGGCCCAACGUGUACAACGGAAACUCUUGCGCGAUGCCGCCGCACCCGCCCACGUACGAGGAAACCGUCAACGGCGGGCAGCAUCAGUCCGUGCCGAUGCCGCCGCAAGUGCACUUGCACUGGUAUCCGACCUCGGUCAUAGCGUCGCACGACUCUGCCGCUGACGGGUUGCAGUGACUUGACGCUUUGGUGGUGAAGGAUGAUGGACGAACAACAGUGCCGGGAGGGGGGAGGGGUCCGACUCGUGCUUCCGAUGCGAUCUCGGUAUGGGGAUCGAAUCGGAAGCUCGACGGUCUUACGAACUCGGUUUUUUUUUUUUUUUUUUGCUUUACAUUUUAUUAUUUGGAUUUCUUUUUUUAAAUUUUAUUAUCUUAAUUCCCAGUGUUGACCGUCCGGACGACGACACGCUCAUGGUUUUUAAAUAUGUCGUGCUUGGGAACUUUACUAUUUUUAUUUUUUCAUCAUUAUUAUUAGUUACUAUUUUUUCUCCAUUACAAUUAUACUUUAUA